AUUUCUACUUUUCUUUUGCAGCUAACUUCUUCUUUGUAUCGUCUGGUUUUCACCCAUACUGCCAUGGAUUCUCCAAACUAUGAUAAACAAAAGGUGGAAUCUCUGCAAGCGGAGUUGGAAUGUUUGCAGAGAGAGAAUAAAUCUCUGGGGUUAAUGUUGGAAACAAUGAACAAAAAGUACAACAUGCUUCAUCAAGCUUAUCUCCUCCAGGAAUCAAACAAGAGACGAAGAUCUGAAGUUCCAACCGCAUCCAAAACGUCACAGGUUUUCGUGAAAAUGGACCCUAGGGAUCAAAGCCUUAUAGUGAAAGAUGGGUUUCAAUGGAGAAAAUAUGGGCAGAAAGUUACUAAAGAUAAUCCUUCGCCUCGAGCUUAUUUCAAGUGCUUUAUGGCUCCUGGAUGCCCUGUCAAAAAGAAGGUUCAGCGAUGCGUGGAAGACAAAUCUUAUGUCGUGGCAACAUACGAAGGACAACACAACCACGAUGUUGAUUCUACGGCUGCCGGAAAAUCAUUGUCAUCUUCAUGCAAUUCUCAGAUACUCUCCCCGGCGACAGGCAUUCCUUUUCCCCUUCUGGGUGAUCCUUUUCGACCGACCAUCACCCUUGAUCUCACUCUUUCGGGCUCCGACGUCUUACAAAACAGAAGAAACCCUAGCAAUGUUAUGCAUGAUUACAGCACCAGCAGCGACCACGGCAAUAACAACAGCAACAACAACAACAACAAGAACAUUGAAGAUUAUGUUGCAUCCUUAAUAAAAGAUCCCAAUUUCACUCUAGCAUUAGCCGCUGCAGUUGCUCGCUCCAUCAAAACUGAAACUUCUAAACCAUCACCAUUCACCCCCAUGAACAAAUAG